AUGGACAAGCUCUCCGGACUCGCUUCCAAGCUCGGCGGUGGCAGCAGCAGCAGCAGCAGCAGCAAAACUGACUCCAACCAGGCUGCCGGUAACGAGGACUACCUCGACAAGGGUCUCGACAGCGCCGAGCGUAAGUUUGGCGGUGGCAAGGUCGACCCCGCGAAGAUGCGUUCGACCAACGAGAAGAUCACCGACGGUGCCCGUGAGCAGUUUGAGAAGAUGACUGGAAAGAAUGUCCCGGACAAGUUCUCCAACUAG